CCUCUAUCUUGAACCAACUCACCCAAGUCGCUCUUUCAACGCUGGAUGCCGGACACGUUGCACUGGAGUGGUGGAGUGAUUUCGUAUAGGGGAAUCAACAGCAGCCUUCGACAGGAUGGACGGUGAUCCAGCGGUUGAGCCAGAGUUGGACGCCUUUAGUCGCAUAUUACCUUUGCCGUAUAGGGUCGCAUUGAUUAUAGUAUUGGGUGUAUGGGCAUGGGGACUGAAUCUACACUACCUCUCACUUAUUAAGAUUGAUGUACCCGCAUUGAUUCGAUAUCCCUCGCGGGCCUCUCCGACGCACCCCCCUCAUCAUCUCUCCUGCUACCGCGUCGCAACUUUCCUCACCAUCCCCCUCGCUAUCUCCCUCCUCUUCUUCUGGGCCCUAACCCAUGGCUCCGCCGCGGCAGUCCAACGAUGGGAAGUCCUUCCACAAUUAUACCUGCUGGUCUUGGUCUUGGCGUUUGCGCUUCCUAUACCAUUCCUCUCGCGCUCCGGCCGCUUUCGCACUCUCGCAACAUUCAAGCGCAUUAGCAUCGGAGGACUCGCGGAGGCGCAAGAUGGGAAGUUCGGCGAUAUACUGCUCGCUGAUGCUCUGACGAGCUACGCAAAAGUUCUCGGGGAUCUCUUCGUCGCCCUGUGCAUGUUCUUCUCAUCAGAACACUCUUCGACAGGGCGGCCAGAUCGCGCGUGUGGCGGGAAAUUCAUAGUACCUUUUAUUAUCAGCAUACCUAGUUUGAUACGGCUGCGGCAAUGCUUGAUUGAAUAUUUCAGGGUCCGGAAUGGGAAUAAGAGGAGUGGUGGCGUGGCGAGUACGGGAUGGGGAGGGGUGCAUUUGGCGAACGCGUUGAAAUACUCGACGGCGUUUCCGGUGAUUAUAUUGAGUGCGUUGCAGAGGGGUUAUGAUCCGGCUAAUAUUGGGAUGAGUGAGGCUGGGUUGUUUCGGUUGUGGCUGUUCUUUGUUUUCUUGAAUUCCUUUUACUCCUUCUACUGGGACGUCGCCCGCGAUUGGGAUCUCACCCUCUUCAGCACCCUCCAAGCCCGCAACUCCCCCGAGCAUCCCUAUGGCCUCCGCCGUCACCGCUACUUCCAUGCUCCGGAACUUUACUACGGAGCUAUUGUGAUAGAUUUUAUGCUAAGGUGUACCUGGAGUUUUAAGCUCAGCCCGCACCUGGACCAUUUCAACGACCUAGAAGGCGGGAUAUUCCUUAUGGAAGCACUUGAGGUGCUCAGACGGUGGAUUUGGAUUUUCUUUAGAGUUGAGAGUGAAUGGGGUGAGUAACCAUUUCUUACCCCAACCUGACCUACCAGGCUGACGGAUUCUAUUUGCUGACGCUCGAAAACACAGUCC